GCCUUCUCCCCUUUUCUUGAGCAAAGCCACAGAUGGCGCCACUCCGGAUAAUUAUUAUUCCAGGUCCGGGAGGCUCGGACGGACGGGAACCUCUUCACAUGGCCCGUGCCAAGGUUUCCAAUAACCGUGGUUGGACUUCCAAGUUUUAGUAGUUUCAGUUGCCAAAAGAUCUUUACUAUACAAUUCGUUCUUCUUCUUAUUAUUAUUGGUGUGUUAAUCGCCAUAUACGGAUAUGUAUGGCCAGAGGAAUCGAAAUCUUUAGGCUUGGAAGUGCCACCCCUGCAGUUGCUAGGACAAACGGCUCAUGUACUCCGAGUUGACCUUGGACAACCCUCGCGCCUAUUUGAUAUCUGCCAUAUUGACUAGCUUAGGACAAUCACAUGGACUUUUCCUUCAACACUUGCUAAAAUAUUUGGUUGCUUUAAAUACGCUUAUCCCAUACCGGAAGAGAAUGCGGCACGGCCUCUACUCCAGUCAGCAAGCAACGCUUACCACCGCAUCGCGCAUCCCGAGGUGGCCCUGUCUGAAUUGGGUGAACUCCUGAGAGGAGAGAGACCCUUGUCAAGUCAAGAUUUCUGGAUAUGUAAACAAUGAUGUCGCCCUCAUCUUUCCCUUCUUUAGCAACACUCUCAAUAGGAUAUAUGAUCUUCUUCUUAGCACUCUUAACAAACUACAAGACCAUUCGUCCCCAUCAUUGUUGCACAUCAACUUUUCCAGUGAUAUAUUUCGUUAUAUUUGUAUCUAUACUUCCAUCUCUCGUUAGCAUGGCUUCUCUAUACAAUCUUUUGGAGUAUGGCUCUGAUGAGGAACAACAGACCACCCCGGUUAUCCCUGUCCCGAACUUACAUAACUUCGGUAGCUUUCGUCAUGGCAGGCGCUCUGAAGCGAGCUAAUAUAUUCCCUAUGGCCUGAUGGGAGGAUUUGCUGUGAAAUUGAUGGGAGGGGUGCGGGAGACUCGAGAUGUCGACAUUGCGUUCCAGGCCCCUGGGAAGAUGCGCCACCUCUGAAGGGUUGUGGAAAUUGAACCUCGAUAUGUACAUACAUACAUGUACAACGACUUAAAUGAGUGAACAUAUGCUUAUUCGAGAGUUAGUUUGGUUAUCCCCAAUACAAAGCUUCUUAAUAUUAUGAAGGUCUUUGUCCUCACCGGCCCCCCAUAUGACAACUGUUCAGAAUCAAUGCGCAUCGAGGUAGAUCUUAUUGGAAGCGGUGAAGAUACUCUGUGUCCAAAAAUCAAAGAUCAUAAUUCAGUAUUCAUUUUCUAACCAAUAUAUCAGAUCAGAAUACUGUGAGACAGAUAUAUUAACAAUGAACAUAUAAUAACAGUGAUUAUGAAUUUAUAAAAGUUUGUCUAUCUACAAUUGAUGACAAAACAGACAACCAGCGCUCCACCACAAACUCGCUCAAUUUUUCGAAUAAGAAACCGCCGAUAGAUCCAUCGAAUAGCCCUUGAUCCCACGAGCAUUUUGACCCCAACACCGACCUCAUACCAAAGCAGUCCGUGGGAGCUGAGCACCAAUCGCCAAAUCCUAUCUGUCUCCACCAGUUCGGGAAAUAGAUCGAUCUAUAUCAUCAAUCUGCUUUACUUACUACGUAGUAAAAUGGCGGCUUUCAUGUCUCGCUCUAGCGCUAAUGAUCUGCUUGAUAUUCAGCACCUCCUUCUGAAUAAUAGAGAUGAAAUCAAAACGUUUAUCCACCGCUUGGACCCAGAAGCCGUUACAUGUUUCUUCGAGACCGUAAGUCCUGAAAACCACGCUUAUUGAAACACCUUCUUUGGGCG